GUCUGUCAACAUAAACGCUGUUGUUAUGACAAUACAUGGCCUCAUCUGAUGACAACAGAGUGCUAAACACUGUAACAGACAAAAAUUGCGCUAAGCUUUAGGGACGACGUUCUAGGUACUCCGCUGUACCGGCCCCACUCCACUGUCACUUCGUCUCUUCGUCACUUCCAUCUCAAAUUCAAAUCCGACCGAUCUCAUCCGACCGCUCAUCCGGACCACCUCCCACCUCCCACCUCGCAACUCACUCACGCGAAACUUCAGUCCCCCCGACAACCACCUCUCCCAGUCGGCGCGAUGCCGUCUCAAGAAACGCCAAGCAUUUACGCGGAGCUGCUUACAAACAUCCGCCAGCUCUCCGUCGCGGUCUCCCUCCCCGCUCCCGCAGGUAGUCACACACGAGGACUCGUCACGCCCGACGGCGCGACCCUCCAGCUUCAACACGCGGGCGCCCAAAUCUCCUUCCCACUCCCAGGCAGAGUCCAGGCUCAAGGCGCCGCGCUACCCGCGCCACCGCCAACCUCACGCGCAAUUUCAUGGCGGCUACCUCUCUCAACCGACGACAACGUCUCCGCUCCCACUACGCGCAGCCUGCACGACGAGCCCGUGCCAUGGACGGCGCCGGACCUAGCCCCGGGCUCUGCCGUGGCAUGCAGGCGUUGCGCCGCGGCCCUGGUGUCGGAGGGUACAGCGCAGGAGUGGAAGGACCUGCCGAGCGAGAACUGGGCCGAGAUGAUGGACUUCUGGCACUGCCACAAGCCGACUACAAACGACGAGCGCUCCGCCGAUCACGAACACCUGGCCAAGCGCGGCUACGGUGCCGGCUCGAGCAUCGCGGCGCAGCCCGGCGUCGGAAUGGUAGAUCUCACCUCGUUGUUGUUUCGCGAGUCUGACUGCGCGGGUCUAAAGUUCUCCCAGUCCCCGUCCCGUGGCGCGGCAUCAGACAUCACCAGCUCGGCCAUCCUGGCUCGCGCAUCCGACCCGCCUCCACGGACGCUCUAUGUGUCCUGCUCGGGCUGCGCAGCGCACAUUGGCUUCUUCAACGUCGCCACAUCGUCCGUCGUCCUGCUCAAGUGGCGCGUAUCGUGCCGCACAACGUCGCCCGGCGCGGCCCCCAACAGCUCCGAGUGCCUGGCCGCGACCCUAAUCGCCACACUCUCGCGCUCUGGCUCGUCCAAGUCCGUCGUCGUGCCCGCGUUCCAGCCGUCACACCAGGACGCCGCCGCCGCCGCCGACGACGACGACGACGAUGAUGCGGAAUCAUCACCGUCGCCGUCCGCCCUGCACCUGUGGAUUCUCAACGCCAACAUUGCCUACGCCUCGUCCCGCAGCCGUGGCGCUGCGCCGCGCCCCGCGAUCAAGCUGCUGUACCGCGAGAUCCCGCAGGCCGAGGCCGACGCAAUGCUCGAGUCCAUGACUUCGGACGUCCAGGAGGUCACCCUGCCGUCGGCGGAGAUCGCCGGUGCGGCCAAGGCGUUGCGGGCGAGCGGCGAGCUACUCCCGCCGGGCGAGCGGGUGUUCAGGGAGUGGAAUGUCGGGCUGUUAGACAAAUGGGUAGCGGGGGGCGUGUGAGCGAUGAUGGACGGGGGUGGCUGGGCGCGAGCGUGUUGGAAUCGCAAUGAGACGUGGUGGGGAGACAUGAUCUUGAAAUGAGGAAGGUCACGCCGUGUGGAUGAGAGAAAGGGCAACUCUGGAAAAUGAUCAUCAAGGAGAGAGGGUGAUUGGAUGAACGGGGAGACAUGAUAUUUCGCAAAUGAUACCCUGGUAGACCCCCAAACGAGGGAAAUAACCCUGCGCAGCCUAUAGACUGUUUUAAAGACACAAGUUUCUUAAAAUGUAGCAUCCAUCAACUUCGGAUAUAGUCUCUCUACAGGGUGUUCCUAGUGUCUUACUAGUCCGUCCUUUAUUUUUGUUCUACUGUAACGUCUUUAAAAGGUGUAGUCUUUCUUGCCUUCUAUCUUGCCCCAAUCUUUAUCUUGCAGCUCUUUGUCUUGCCCUUUAUCAUUCUCUACAUUAUAAUCUUAGUCCUUCUCUUAAUCCUACCUUUUGCCUUACUCUCAAUUCUAACCUUAACCUUUUAUUGUACAUCUUCUAUAAAUUGUUCACUUCUCCUUCUACUUUAUAGCCUUAUCUUUAUUUAAUCCUACUUCAUUGCCUUAAUCCUCACCCUUGUCUCAAUUCCUCCCUUGUCUCAACUAUGCUAGAUAGCUUAUUCUGUCGCACAAGCAGCUAAAGAGGCACAACAUAUAUUGUCCUGUCAUAUCUCAGCUAGGGAAGCAAAACCCUAGUGUGCUCACAAGUACAUCAAAGGUCUCACAACUGCAGUGUCCGAGAAAGGAACAAUGUGUAUCCAGAAGACACUGUUCUGUAUUUACGUGAACACCUCCCCCUCCCUUCUCCCCUCGCCUCUAUCCACCAAGGCAGAUAUCAUUAUCGAUCUGGUGUAGUGAGAGACAAAAACCAGUCCAAUCCAAUGCAUCCACCCCUUAAAAAAAGACAGAGAGGCGCUGCUAGAUCUCUGUAAAAUGCAAGGUUGUCUUCUUCUCCCUCUUUCUCUCUUUCUCUCUAUGCACCUUGGUCAUAUCCAUUCAAAUCAAGGCCAACGCAACAUCUCCGUUUUAUGCCCAAGUACCGGAGGGUAAAUGGCGUCUGAUUUCUCCCGUGAUCGUAAAAAAAAUCAAAAUCAAAAAACUUGCCGCUGUUCGCCCCCUUUUUUCUUCUUUUUAUGCAAGUAUUUCCAAAUCGACAAACACACACACACACACAAGAUUAUGUGAUGGUAUAAAUACAGCUUUGCCUUUCUCCCCAUC